AUGGCAUCCUCACUACUGCUUGAUCUGCUGUCCCUAAACAUAACUCAGCUCUGCCAAUGGGCGGCCUGGCUCUGUGCCCUGUUUACAAUAUUCAAAGCAUGCAAACUGUACCUGACAAGGAGGGAGCUGCUGGCAACAUUUAAAGAUUUCCAGGGUCCUAAGACCCACUGGCUGUUUGGGCAUGCCAACGAGGUAAGCUGCAUGCAGGUGUCACUUUAUCCCUUUGAUAGAAAAGUGAUGAAAAAGUUUGGCAUUCCAGAUAUCUAAAUACAUUUUCAUUAGGGUUGGCUGGGGUAGACUUGGAGAUCUAGAUCACAAUGAAUUAAAAUUUGGUAGAAUUUCCAACAGAUUCGAUAUAAUUUUGAAUCUCAGAAUCUCAAAACAAACUAUAACCGAUAUCAAUAACAACCAAAAAAUUUCAAAAAUUCCAACCAUAUCAAUUCAGAAGAAAUUUAAAAUGUUCAUUGUGCACACGUCUAGUAGCCACUGCCAGUUAGCACCAACUCUGAAUCACUAAUUUACACUUUGGGAGUAGCUGAUUUAAAAAAAAAAAAUAUUAAAGGGACACUAUAUGCACCCUUUUCCUUUUUAUUUUAGGGAUUCCCUGGCGAUUUUCAGGUCCAAUUGGACCAAAAUUUUGAAUCAAACCCAAAUUUUAAAUCAAACUGAACAUUUUUUGUCCACAAUUCUUCAAAACUGAAAAAUGGAAGAAAAAAAAAUCAGAGCCUCAUGAACAGUGAAGAGCGCAGAGAGAUCAUUAUCAGAAGAGUGAUAGUAGUGAAACUAGCACUGAUAGUGAGCAGGACACUAUUGAGAAAUCCAUUACAAUAGUGAGAAAUCUAUGUGUAAAGUGUUGAAUAUAGUUAGAGCCAUUCUAUCUGAUUAGCACAGAACAUAGAAGGAUUCUGAAGACUGCUGACAGUAUUGACAGGAAUUUAGAGUAUUGGUAGGCAUUUAGUCAUAUAGACAGGUGCAGUGUGUGAAGAGUGCUGUGUCUGAGGGGUGUUGUAUGUGUGUGAAGGGUGUAGUGUGUGUGAGAGAGGUGCUGUGUUUGUGUGAAAGGUGCCGUGCGUGUUUGAAGGGUGCUGUGCGUGUGUGAUGGGUGUUGUGCAUGUGUGAAGUGGGCAGUGCAUGUGUGAGAGAUGCUGUGUGUGUGAGAGAUGCCUUGUGUGAGAGGUGCUUUGUGUGUGUGUGAGCAGUGCUGUGAGUAUGUGUGUGAGAGGUGCUGUGUGUGUGUGAGAGGUGCUGUGUAUGUGUGAAGGGUGUUGUGCAUUUUUGAAGGGUACUGUGCAUGUGUGGAGGAUGCUGUGUAUGUGUGAAGGAGGCAGUGCGUGAGUGAGGGGGCAGUCUGUGUGUGUGAGGGUGCAGUCAGUGUGUGUGAGUGUGUUGGGGGCAGUGCAUGUGUGAGGGGAGCAGUGCAUUUGUGGCAGGAGCAGUGCAUGUGUGAGGGGGCAGUGUGUGUGAGGGGACAGUCUGUGUGAGGAAGCAGUCUGUGUGAGGGGUUCUAUCUGUGUGUGAGGGGGCAGUGUGUGUGUGUGUAUAAGGGGUGUAAUGUGUGUGAGUAGGCAAUAUUUUGCAUAAAUAACUUAGACCACACAGUAAACACUGACACAGUUUAUGUAUAUUUCAAUGGGCUAGGCCGUGGUGUUUAUUUAAAGCUUAAAAAGGGGCAUACCACCAUAACUUAAUAACGGUAACAUAUUUACAUAAACUUUUCACUUUUCUUCCCAAACUUUUAACUUUCACCAUCACUUAAUUGCCAGUCAGUCAUAGCUAACCUGACCGCCUUUUAUAUACAACCAUUUAACACAUAUCCUUCUUCAGAACUUGAACCUGAGGAUGACUUUGCCCCCAUGCUUUCCAACACCACGACAUGAAUUAUAAAGAAAGUUAGCAAAUAGGGGAGUGAGGACGGGGGUCAUCCGUGCUUCUCCUGCCUUGCAAACAGCUGACAGGGACUGCGCUUCCACUUUUUCUGCUUACCUGGCUCUCCGCGCUUCACUGGCUCGCAGCCUGCAACCAAUCCUCAGCCAGCUCUUGUCCCCAGCAACAGCUGUGUCACCAAAUCUGCCCAACAACCUAACCAGGUGUCAGGAACUCUCACGAAACUUUCCAUAACUGUACCAACAGGACAACGUAACCCUGUAUUGCCACCAUCCAUAUAUGCCACAUUGCUUAAAGGGACUCUCCAGCCAACCCGUUUUACUCACCUGGUUGCAGCGCCGGGAGCCUCGUGAAACCGCGCCCCCCAUUUCAUCAAAAUGACGAAAUAGGCAGGCGCGAGCAGGGCGCAAUUAGACGCUUCCAUUCAUGCCGCCCUCUGAAGUCCUAAGCGCACUACCGCGCAUGCGUGCGGUGUGCGCGGCCGCGAGCUGAGCUGACUGACAGCUCAGCUUGCGGUCUUUGCCCGUCCCCUCUCCUCGGCUGACAGGCAGGAGAGAGAAGGCGCGCACACAGUGCCUUCUCUCUCCUGCACAUGUCAGACGUAUUUUAAUACGUCUGACGUGUACAGGGCCUUUUUAGGGCCCUACAUGAUAGGAAGUGCCUCUGGUGGCCGUCUGAGUGACGGCCACUGGAGGGAUUCCUAUCAAUCAAUGUAAACACUGUAUUUUCUCUGAAAAUACUGUGUUUACAUUAGAUUGCCUGCAGGGUGCUAUAGAUCUCACCUGAACAACUACAUUAAGCUGUAGUUGUUCAGGUGACUAUAGUGUCUCUUUAAUGCCUGUGGCAUCUUAAAGGUUUAUUUGUUAGGUAGAGAAUUAAGGUGAUGUUACAAAAUAGCCAAGUUGGAAAAAGUCUACGUUAUUGAAUUCCCUGCAUACCAACUCUCUUCCGAGCAGUUCUUACAUCUUCCUGAGAUACUUUGAACACACUGUAUUUACCAUAAUAUCUUGUUUUUCAGCACAAACGUUCAUUUGCGAUAAAUUUGAAUACAGUGAAAAAACAAGGAUAUUUUAUAUAAAUUGCGCAACUAAUAGGUAACUUUUAGUUAGUUCCUAAGACGUGCUAUUAACUUCUGCAAAGACAAUUAUUCUGUAACAUAAAUAUAAAACACUGAGCACCUGUAUUCAUGUCUUAUCCCUUUACUGGUAAUCUUUAGAGAUUCGGAUUUCACCUUAUAUUUAUUUAUUUAUCAAUUCAUUUUAUGGCAUAUGAAACCUGUACUUUGAUCUCCUGUACCUUUCAUUGUGAUAAGUGAUAACAUUUAUCAUUAAUCCUGCAAAGAUGCCACCGAGAUGAGUAAUGAUAAUUUCCGUAUAUCAGAUAUAUACCCUGCUAUGAGCCCCAUAUACCUGAUACGAACUUAUUAUUUUCUGCUUCUAAUUUCAAUAUAUCCUUGCUAGCUAAGAUGAAGGAGAGGGGGAAUUUGUAAGGAGUCAAAAGCCUCUAAAAUUCCAUAAAUUCACUGUCAUAGUAGAGGAACUUCAGUUCUGGUAAGAUUUUACAACUAUUUCUGCAAAUCUACAGGUAAAACCUUUGGUGACUCCAAAUCUCAGAAUAAAUAUAACAGUAUCAGCUUCUACAGUAAAACCAAUAAAAACAUUUAUUCAACUCUAUAAAUAGAGAGAUAUUCAGCUAAUCACCAGUGCACGUCCUCCAUAUAGCAGACACAAACAUUGCAUGUUAAUUGCUCUCUGGACCUUCUUUCAAGAUUAAUAAACACAAUAAAACAAUCUCAGUAUAUAAAAAAGUGUUGCUCACCAAUAGUGUCUGUAUGAAAGAUAUGCAAGAUUUUCUGUAACUAGUAAGGAAAACCAUUUUACCUUCUCCAGAGGUAAAGAUUGUCAAUAGAUUGUCAAAAUAUCAGCAUACGGCAAUUCCUUGCAUAGUCCAAACUAUGAGAGAUGUUGAUUAAAUAUGUAAAAUAUAAUUGAUAUUAAAAUAUUCACGUAAAAUCUUCUAGUGCAUCUCCACUUAUUCAUAUAAACAAAGUAUGGAUAGCCUUGAGGCAUAAUUACAAUAGGACAAGUAUUUAUCUAGCUAUAAAAAUGAUUUACCAUAGAAGUAUAACACCAAUGUUGCAAAUGGGUGGUCAACAAGGCAAUUGAAGGGCCUAACCCUAAUUCUCAAAUAUAGUCAAGCCCCAACAGAGACCACCAUAUCUAAGUUGCUUCAUACAAGGAGCUCCACCGCUUAGCCUUCCCAGUCUACCUAUCGGCAGUCUACAGUUGUGGAUGUUCUGUAAAAACAGUGCAGAUGUCCAAGAGGGAAUUAAGCCACAUCAAGUUAAAUAAAGCAUUCCUGAAUAGAGUCUUGCUUAUAAAUAGUGAUAGUUAACAAGUAUAUAUCCAAAAGUAAAUGCAAAGUGUGUUCUUAUUUAUUCAAAAGGUGUCCUAAUAGACCUUUUUACUAGACUGGGAGGAUUUACUAGAUCAGAGAUGCAUCACAUUAUUGUAUACAGAUUAAGUUUCUUCAGAAGGGAGGAAACAACCUGUCUCAAAAAUGUAUAUACUUAGUAUAAGCUGGGUAUAAUGAAUUUAGGGUCUCUUUCAUUGGAUCAGCCUAGAUCUUAGGAAAAUCUUUCACAACAGAUAAACAUAUAUAUCCUUUUAUCUAUACACAGUAUAACAUCCUUAGAUAUUUUUAUAGAAUGCAGCAAUGUAUCAUACAUGUACAGAAUCAUUUAAUAGGGAGUAGGACAUGCUCCAAAAACAGACCUCUUUGUUACACAAUAAAUAACUCCCACAAAGUGACGUAUAUAUUAAUACCGUACUCUUAAAGAGAAGAUACUUACUAUGACAUAAAUAAAGAAAACUAGAAGCAUGAUCACAACACUCAGAAAUAAAGGUACAGUUCAUUCUUUCAAAUAAUAUGAAUAAUCCAGACGCAUUGUAUGUAGCAAGAUGUGUAGAUCCUGAUAACCCCAACAUCUAAUACCACUUUCUCCAAGAAUAAGGGAGAAGGGCUACCCAAACAAGUAUCUUUAAAAAGCAUAUAAUAAAGCGUUAGAGACUGAUAGACAGCACCUUUGUGAACAUCAGCGUCCCUCUAAUGAACCCAAGAAAAUCAUCAGAAUAAUUGGACCUCAUGAAACAGGCUGGCAAUUCAUGAAACAAACACUACAAUAUUUCUGGCCUCUGCUUACAUAUGAUCCACAUCUUACGGAUGUAUUCUAUCCAUUUGUGAUCUUCACGGCACACAGCUUCUGCUAGUUCCGAGUCAUCUCCAACCGGGCCCUAAAAAGAACCAACGUUGGCUACUCAGUUCUCUGGUUGGCAUGGUCAGAUGUGGUAGAUGUGUCGUGUGCAAAUAUAUUAAAUAGGAAUCAGAUUCAAUUAAUAUUAAAUGUUUAAUUGUUGAUAGUAAGUGCAGAUUAUUCACCCUCCUUGUGCCUUUUGUUUGGGGCACUGUUCACUUAUCACUAUUCCACAUUCUUAAUUAUUUCUUUGUUUCUUUCUUUUCUUUCUUUAUUGAUUGAGGACUUUUAAGAAUUAACAUCAAAGUGAUGUUUUAAUUGCAGGCAAUUAUUGGAGUUAAGCCCUCUGUUGAGGCUUGACUUUAUUGGAAAUCUAUCUAUCUAUCUAUCUAUCUAUCUAUCUAUCUGUCUGUCUAUCUAUCUAUCUAUCUGUCUGUCUGUCUGUCUGUCUGUCUUUUCUGUCUGUCUGACUAUCUAUACGUCUGUCUGUCUGCCUAUCUCUCUCUAUCUAUCUAGAAUAUUUGCUAUACGAUACAAUGUGACCAACUUUCUCUGCAAAAUCAUAAGCCUGCUGUUGCCUAUAUUUAUUUUCUUGCAUUAUGUGUAUGUGUACUAACUAGGGAUGCACCGAAAUUAAAAUUCUGGGCCAAAACCGAGAACGAAAAUUCAGGAUGCCCUUGGCCGAAAACCGAAAAUGACUUUUUUCCCCAAAUGAUUUUACAAUGUUUUUUUUUCCUAUAAUUGUAUUAAUAUUAGACUUUUUAAUGAAUUUAAUGAAGGUGACCUAACAUUGUAGACCGUUUUACUGAAUAUUGCUAUGUAAAUUUGCUCCAUCAAAUUGAAAUAGGUGGAUGAAGAUGAAGGUCAACUUCAAUGAAGCCAUUAUAUUUUAUGAAUACAUUCUGCAGGCAAAGGUUGUAGGAAAUACAAGAGUUGAAAUGAUACUGUCUGUCUGUAAAACUAAAGCUGGCUAAGAGCAUACUCACUGGCUAUAUAUACUCCUGAAGAGUUAUAUGUCAAUAGCACAUAAACUGCAAUCCUUUUUUUUUUCAUCAAUCUAUACAGUGUUGGUGAUCCAUUCAUUCACAUCACUUCGCACAUGCGCGGCCGCCAUGUUUAGAGAGGCAGAAAGCAAAUGCGCUUCACUCUAUCAAGGUGAACGGGGAUAGCUCCUAGAACCUCCAGGAGAGUUGGGAUAUCUGUGCACGCAGGGCAAGGGGAGGGGGUGUUUUUGGCAGAUUUGACCCUUUUUUUGGCCGAAAUGUGUUAGGCCCAUUUUCGGCAGAAAAUUUCCGCAGCCGGAAUUUCGGUGCAUCCCUAGUACUAACCCAUAUGUGAGAGAUUAAAUGAAUUGGAUUUUAAUAAGAUCAUUACACCAUACUUUCCACUCAUGCUAAGGAGCAUAUAUACACUAUGUGUUUGUGUAUAGCUGGCAUUAUCAUCUAAACUUCCUAUUAUUUUGAAGCCUAUAUACCAGAUUUAGUUUGCAUUUUCCAAGUAAAGAAGGUUAAUACAUUUAUUAGUUUAAUAUUCCAGUUUGGAUAAAAAUUUAUUUUAUGCCUGCAGUUCAAAGGAGAUGGGAAAGACUUGGACAUUUUGAAUCGCUAUGCUGAAAAAUACCCAUACGCCUACCCGUUAUGGAUGGGGAAAUUCUUUGCCUCGCUCAUGAUCUGCCAUCCUGACUAUGCCAAGGCCAUUCUCACAAGACAAGGUAAGGAAGACUGGAUGUAUUGUGAAACAAUUGUCAUAUUUAGUUACUGGAAUAUAUAUAUAUAUACAGUUUCUUUACUUAAAGGGACAGGAAGGUUACCAGAACCCCUACAGCAUAAUGCUGUGGUUUUGGAGUCUGUAGUAUAUCCCUGCAGGUUUUUCAAUGUAAACGAUGCCUUUGCUGAGAAAAUAUCUGAGUAUACCAAAUAUUUGGUCACAAGAUUGUGGUCAACGCAUUUUGUAUGUGUAGUACUUUUUCACAAACCUUGAAAAAAUAUUAUAGCUAUGAAACUUGUUGACCACAUUGCCAUGAGGUGUGUGGUACUUGUGAUCUACAUGUCCACUUGACUGAGAGCUCUGCGUUUUCUCUACAUCACCUACAAUUUGCAAGUCCGUUUUUAAUGCUUUAUAAUUCCAAGGUUAAGUAAAUAACCCUGUGUGACACUGCCUCAUAAAAUUUAAAUUCGCUCCUCACUCUCCAGGGGGGUAAUAAUGAGUUGGGGGUGGGGGGGUGCUUGUGCAUAAAAAUGGAUCCCUGUCCGUCACCUGCUGCUCAAUUAUUUGUCCCCAUUUCCCCCAGUUUACUGGUGGGUUGGGGUGGAGAGGACUGGAUACUAUAGGUCCUGGUGUCUAGUGAAGGAGAUGUGGGCACCAGACAGCACACAUAUCACCGUACUGGUCCAAUUUUGGUGCAUUCUGCUCUUACAUCUAGUGAGCACAAUGAUGAGAUUUCAGGAAAGGAAUAAUAGUACUGCCAGUUCUACAAUUAACUGCACUCUUGCUACUUAUUAGACAGGGUAUCAUAAGGUCUGAGGCUUUUUAGGGAAGAUUUAUAAAGACAAAACAUUCUAUUCUGGAGAAAAGUCAUAAAUGUUAAGAGAAACUAUAUUGGUUUCCAUAGUGUUUUUUUUCCAGCUUAGCACUAUGUCAAAGAGCAGUUCCUAUUUUUGCUUUUAUAAAUCUUCCACUUGAUGGCCUGAAAUCAGGGGCCGGCUACACCUAUGCAGCGAUUAUCCCCAUCGUCAUGCCAGUAUCAGUUAUCAGUGGGUGAAUGGAUGGCAGGUUUAUGUCACGUGUUACAAGCUUCACAUGUUAUGUAUUGUUUUUUUACAGAUCCAAAGGAUAAUUUUGGGUACUACUUUAUAACUCCGUGGAUUGGUAUGUAAUAUAUUUUCACCAGUUAUAAUGCAACAGCAACUACUUCAUAUGGAUCUAUUAUCAAUUAUUAGUCUGUUUCUCUCUCUCCAUUCCAAAAAACUAGACAUUUUCUCAAUUCACGUUUUAGUGAAUAAUAGCCCUGUCCUUUUUCACACACAUACUAGGCGUUCCUGGAUGGUAGGUGAGACAUAUUUUUUAAUCUGGUGUAGGUAUUCAAAUAAUUUGCUGUCAUUCCAUGAAGCACUGUUUUAUUCUGAAAGAUUAAUUACCAUAUAUUAACUAUACUGAAAAUAUCCAAGGUGGUUUGAAGAAUUUUUUUUUUCUGAAUUUAUAAUUCUCUUGUCAGUUUUCCACAAUUUGGUGAUUUUUGAACCAGUUCAAUUCGAUGUGUAUUAUUAGGGAAGGGUCUGUUGGUUUUGUCUGGACAGAAGUGGUUCCAGCACCGUCGGCUGAUAACCCCUGGAUUUCACUACGAUGUACUGAAGCCGUAUGUGAAGAUAAUGUCAGAUUGUGCCAACGUUAUGCUGGUAAUCAUAAAAUGAAUAUUAUAUUUAAUAGUGUGGGGCCACUUUUGGACAUGAGUCAUGCUGACCUAAUCAGUAUGCCACCAUAUUAUAAUAUGAUUAAGGGGAAGGUACGGUUAAAAUACAGAUUAAACCUUGUCUUUCCUGGCUUUUUGAAGUAUGCAUAAACAGAAGCAAGUGAUUUUACUCCUAAAUGGACGUAAAUUGAGUUGUGAAACUUCGAAGCAUGAUCUAUACACAAAAGAUUCUUCAAUAAGCUAGAGUUGUUUUGGUGACUACAGUGCCCCCUUAAUAACAAUAAAUAUUGUGGAUUGAUACAGUGUAAUAUGAUGUGGUCAGUAGUAAAUGAUUGAUACAGUGUAAUAUGAUGUAGUCAGUAGUAAAUGAUUGAUACAGUGUAAUAUGAUAUAGUCAGUAGUAAAUGACUGAUACAGUGUAAUAUGAUGUAGUCAGUAGUAAACGAUUGACAUUGUGUACGUUAUAGAUUGGUUUCUUCCUAUUUUGUCUUUCUGCAUUUAGGAUAAAUGGGAAAAACUGGUGCCUGAGAAGAAAUCAGUGGAGCUUUUUCACUACGUCAGCUUGAUGACACUGGACACCAUCAUGAAAUGUGCCUUCAGUUACCAUAGUAACUGCCAGAAUAACAGGUUGUACAACUAGAAUGUCUUCCUCCUUGAAUAGAAAUACUGCUAUCUUGUUAAAGGGACUCUCCAGUGCCAGGAAAACAAUCCGUUUUCCUGGCACUGCAGGUCCCCUCUCCCUCCCACCUCCCAUGCACGGUUGCUGAAGGGGUCAAACCCCUUCAGUGACUUACCAGAGGCAGCGACAAUGUCCCUCGCCGCUGCUUCUUGGUCCGCCCACGCUCCUCCCCAUCUCCACGACAUCCGGCGGGGAGACAGAUGCUUUCCUAUGGGGAUUUCAGCGACGCUGGAGGUCCUCACAUAGCGUGAGGACGUCCAGCAACAAUAUGGCACAGAAAACCUGUGCUAUGAAUCAGGAAGUGCCCUCUAGUGGCUGUCAAAAUUGGACCAGUAGACAGCCACUAGAGGAGGAGUUAACCCUGCAAGGUAAAUAUUGCAGUUUAUGAAAACUGCAUUAAUUACACUUGCAGGGUUAAGGGUAGUGGGAGCACCCAGACCACUCCAAUGGGCAGAAGUGGUCUGAGUGCCUGGAGUGUCCCUUUAAACAGUAGAUCAAAGACACUAGUGUUCAACAUCUGCUGAUCGGAUUUCUCACAAUCACAGCACAAUAAGUACGACUCUAAUCAGUACUAAUCUAAUCACUGCACUAAAAGGACUACUCUAAGCAGUACUAAUCUAAUCACUGCACUAUAAGUACUACUCUAAUCAGUACUAAUCUAAUCACUGCACUAUAAGUACUACUCUAAUCAGUACUAAUCUAAUCACUGCAUAGUAAGUACUAAUCUAAAAGAAAGAUCUACAUUAUACCCAUCUGGAAAUAAAUCUGGCCCAUUGGAGGUAUUUGAAAAACUUCUUAUUAAAGACCUGCAAAAUAGUAGGAAUAAUAAAUACGACCAUCAGAACCAAAGAAGAAAAGAACAAGAAGCCUCAAAACAACUUCAGAAUAGCAAAGAAAUUAUUAUAAAACCCACUGACAAAGGCGGAGGCUUAGUCAUACUUCCUAACGAUAUGUAUGUUGAGGAGGCCCUCAAACAAUUAGAUGACAUUAAGGUCUAUGAAAAAUGUACAUUUGACCCUACACAGAAAAUACAUUGAGAAAGGAAAACUAUCUAGUUUGCUCAAUGAACAUGAAUUUACUUAUCUUACUGUGCUAUACCCUAAGGUCCCAGUUAUAUACUUCCUCUCAAUAAUACAUAAAUAUGAGAAAAAUCCCCCGGGAGACCUAUCAUGGUGGAUAUAGGCUUCCUCUUGACAAUUGUAUUUGAAUAUUUAGAUGUUUUAUUACAACAUUCUGUUAAAAAAAAAACAAAGUUUUAUUUAAAAGAUUCUACAAUCCAAGUUUUAGAUGGAAUGACAUGAGACACCAAAUCUAUCUUAGUAACAUGAGGUGCAUUCGCUAUACACUAUUAAUUCCCAUCAACAGGGUUGUCAAUCGGUAAAAAUUAUACUGGCACGAAAAAAGAUUAUUCUGGAACAACAAAUAGAAUACAUCAAGAAGGCAUGGAUAUUAUUUUAACCAAUUUUAUUUUUAUUUUUUUUUUUAAUUAAUUUUAUCUAUAAAAAUGUGGGAAUGCAAUGGAGACCAGGUUCGCUCCGAGUUAUGCAAAUCUCUUUAUGGCAGAUCGGAAGUCCACUGCCUGCUGGGGGAGCAUGCUUGGAGGUAUUGAUGAUGUAUUUUCUUUAUUGGGACAGGUCUGUAAACACAUUGGAGUUAUUGUAAAGCACUUUAAUUCUAACGACAACAGCAUUAUUUUAACUUUGGAACAUAAUAAGAGAGGAAUUAACUUUUUAGAUCUUCAGAUUUUUAUUCAAGAAAGGUAAAUGAAUACUCAUGCUUUUUUAAAAAAAAGUUCACACCAUUACUGUAAUAGACCAUCGCCAUUGUUCCUGGGUGGAUCUCAGGAUCGUACUCACUAGACUUUUACAUUAAAUUUCAAAUAAAUUGCGAUUCAUCUGAAUUUUGGGAGAUGGGUGCUUAGUGCAAAAUCACGAAGCCCAAAACUCUAUAUGGAUGAAUCACAAACAAAAUGGGCAAUGGACUCACAAUUUUGUUUGCUUCUUAAUUUCCACUCACGGCAUCAGAAAUAGAUGAUUAAGAAGAAAAAAAAAGAUGAUUAAUGGCUAGGGAACAUUUACUAAAUGUUGAUUUUGUUUGCAGGUCAAAUGAGAAGUGACCAAUAGAUGGAAAAGAUGGAGGAGUACUAAAAAAAAAAAUCAAUAUUUUAUGAUUUAAUAAUUUUUUUUACUACUUUUCCUUUUUUUCCCCCCUCCGUUGAUUAGUUCUUGUCACUUGAUCUGUAACGCUAAUGGCGAAAAAAAAAGUAUAUUAUGUAUAUUUUUUGCAGUACACCGACUAGCCAAUUUUUACGACAUUUUGGUUUGCCUGGAUCAUUUCCCCAAACCAAAACACCACAUGGACAAACCCCGACUUACCUGAAACAUUUUUUUUCCCGGAAAAAUCGAUUUAGACAAAAUAUUUUCCUUUCCCUCAUGUCUAGUGUACACUGAUCACAGUAACAGGGCAUUAGCAUUUCUAACUAUAGCAGGUUGCAUGUGUAAUUUGGUGCUUCCAUUGCAGUAAACCAGUCUAAGCUUUAUUGGCCUUGUAGAUGUGUCUGAACUAAAUUCUCCAUAAUGUUCAUUGGAAAUAUAGAUCAGACAUCUACAAGGUCAAAGUUAGUGGUCACUGCUCUAGACCUACCAGUGACCCGCAAAGCCUAUUAGUCUCACCCCUGGUCCUGCUCUUAUUAAAUGGAUUGCUUGUAUUUUGCAGUGACAAUGCCUAUAUUAAAGCAGUAUAUGACAUCAGUUACAUCGUGGAUUACCGCUUUGGAUGCAUUCCGUAUCACAAUGAUCUUAUUUUCUACCUGAGCCCCCAUGGGUUCCGUUUCCGCCGAGCGCUAAAGAUAGCGCAUCAACACACCGGUAUUUAUGCUGUUUUCAUAUUCAUUUAGAGAUUUUAUUUUUCAGUCUAAUGUAUUGCUCAUACGUUUUACAUUUUUAUUCUUAUAUUUAGACAUCAAUAAGCUUAAAUGCAUCUUUAUUGCAGAACAUAGUUAUCAACCCUAAACAGGAACAAUUCCAGGGCAAAGGGAUAAACAAAAAUCACCAUGGAAACUAAUAGAAUUUAUGUUCCAGUUUAGCAUGAUGCACCUAGAUUUGCUCCAAAUUUUUAGAGAGGCAGGCUUAUGUUUUGGCAUCAUAAAAUAAGGGAUUUACUUCUUAAAUUGUUAUAUUACUGCUAAAAAUAGAAAUAUAGCAUUGCAUGUGGGGGCAUUAAUUCCCAUUUUUUCUUUCUUUUUUCUCAUUUUUGGUGGUUGGGUUAUGUGUUUUUCCAUGUUACAAAAUGCAGAUGCUGUGACUUGCAACCUGCAUUAUAAUUUCUUGUACAUUGCACUCGAUUCUAAAUAAAGAAUAUUAAAAAAAGAAAUAUCGAUAGACAGAUCCUCUUACACACAGACAGGGUGGAUUGCUAUUUAAAAGGACACUAUAGUAACCACAAGUUCAGCUUAAUAAAGCAGUUUUGGUGUAUAGAACAUGCCCCUGCAGUCUCACUGCUCAAUUCUCUGCCAUUUAGGAGUUAAUCACUUUGUUUAUACAGCUCUAGUCACACCUCCCUGCAUCUGACUUACACAGCCUUCGUAAAAACUUCCUUGUAAAGUGAUAUUUCAUAUUUACACUUCCUUUAUUGUGAAGUCUGUUUAGUUUAGAAUAUAUUAUCUUAUAAACUAUUAAUAGCUUGCUAGACCCUGCAAGAGACUCCUGUGUGUGAUCAAAGUUAAAAUUACAAACCAGGAGAUACGACUUCUAAAUCAAGUUAACAUCUGAUUGGAAAUUAAGCCAUUUUUUUAAUGCAGUCUGUUCAAGUCGCAGACAGGGGAGGUGUGGCUAGGGCCGCAUGGACAGAAACAAAGUGUUAUAACUCCUAAAUAGCAGAGAAUUGAGCAGUGAGACUUCAGCUGCAUGAUCUAUACACAAAAACUGCUUCAUUAUGCUGCUUUGGUGACUAUAGAGUCCCUUUAAAAUAUGUAUAUUUAUAUAUAUAUCUUUAUUUACUAAAUAUAAGGGAUAUAUUUAUAGUCUACAGAUGCAUUGGGGUCAUUUUUACCAAAGUAACUACAGGUGCUAUUCUUGGACAAAGUACUAAAUAAGGGAGCUAUCACCGUAGAAACAAACAUAAUCUCUCACAAAAUGUGAUAAAUACACCCCUACGUUUUUUCUUCUUUAUUGGUAGAACGUAGCAGACAAGUUAACAUUUGUUAUAUUUUCCAAACAGCUAAAGUUAUUAGAGAGAGAAUGGAAUCAAUGAAACAGGAAAAAGAACUUGAGACGAUUAAAAAGAAGAGACAUUUAGACUUUCUGGAUAUUCUUCUGUGUGCAAAGGUAAUGAACAUACAAUGGAUCUCGUUCAUAUUGGCUGCUAAAGAUUCAGCAAUAUCUAUCCUAUACUAUUUAUUAUCUCUUAUCUUUAAUUUUUUUCUUCUAUUUUUUUCUCUAGAUUGUCACACAUGGUCUGCGACUGUGUUUUGUUUUUUAAAAGAAAGUGGAAAAUUAGAUAUUAUGUGUUAGUUAUUAAAUGAGACUAAAUUUUAAUUGUACGCACGGAUAAAGAAAGAAGUGAACAAUAGAGGAAUAACAGGGUAGCAGUAAAAAAAAAUAUUGUAUUUAUGUAUUUCCUAUUUAAAAAUAUUUAUAAUAUAUAAAUAAAUGAAUAUGGAUUUUAUUUCUGCUUCUACAAUUUUUCUCCCUAUUAGUUACUUUUUCACACUUGAUCUGUGAACCAAAUGGUGGGGAAAAGCUCCUAUCAGUGAACUGCAAAAUGUAUUCAUAUACUAUAUUAUGAAUAUAUUUUGCUGCACACUGAUUUACCCAUUCUCACGCCUGUCCGGAUUAUUCUUUGUUUCCUGAACUGACAUUUGGUCAAGCCUAACCAACAUCUAACUCAAUGUUUUGUUUCCCCGAAAAUUUUUUCUAUAUUCAGAAAACAAUUCUCUCUGUGUACAAGGCUAGAUUCUUCUAUAUAAUUUCAUUGUGAGAUGACUUAUGUGUUAAAAUUGAAAUUAUAUUUAUUUAUUUUAUUUAUUUAUAAAAUACCAGGAAAUUAUAAGAUUUUUAUAUAGGCAAUAUCUAGUACAAAACAAAAUAGCAACAAAUAAAUACGGCGGAGUAACACUGGCCAACUCCUAAUAUGAGUGUUUUCCAUAAUACACUAUUUUUACUUCUGUAAUUAAAGGUACUCAAUUAUCCAUGUGUCAGCAAGCACAGUGCUUUAUUAAAUAAACCUGAAUUUCUCAGGAAUGAGCAUGGAAUUGUACAUUUCAAAUUCUCUGGCUUGGCUAAUUAUCCACCUUGGCUACUUUGUCCUGCAGUUCACAAAUCCCUAGCCAAUAAUCUACAUACUCAUAGUGGUUUGUUCACAAAGACUUUUCUACCAACUCGUAAAUAAAUUAUAGUAAACUUCAUAACAAUGUUUAAGGUGUUGAGAAAACACAGUUUUGUAAUGCGUCAUCUGCACUGUCUCUCAAACCUCAGGAUUGUAGAUUAUAUUUUGAGUCACAGCUACUCAGCCAAUAUUUGUUUUGAGCUUGAUAUAAUGAAUAACCAUAACCACUAAGGGUGCCAGGAGCCCACUGGCACGAUCUCCCCAUUAUGUAUCAAUCAUUUACCACAACCUGGCCCUUAUUAGAGAUAUCAGUAAAGCAGAAAUGUAUCUUCUGCGUUAGUAUUAUCCAUUUUUGUCCAAUUGUAGUUUGAAUUAGUCGGCUGAAGAAUGUCAGCUAACACUCUUAUCCAAUUAAUUCCAUCCAAACAUGGAUGGAACUGCUUUUGCUAAUGCAAAAGCAGAACUUUGACUAUUGCAAUUGCAAUACCUGGAAGUUCCCUGGGAGCCAUGGUUAGAGUCAAACCAUUGAUUGCUACUGCUUUAAUCAAAUCAAGUGUUCUUUGGAGAAAGUGAUUAACAAAAAUGGACUACUAUGCUUAAUAUUGUAUUUUAUACUGUAAAUAUAUUUUAGUUAGAGAGAUACUGUGCUGAUAUACAAAAGCAAUAUACCUUACAAAUGUAAAAGGAUAUAUCAUGUAUUUUACUUAUCCUUAUUUAUUGCCUAUGAUAGGUUCAUCAAAUUUCUAGUUUCUUGGCUAUACUGGAACUAGAAUGUGCUAUAUAUGUAAUAAGAGAAAAAAGAAACUACAAUACAAGUUUUGGGAAAAGGCUGUAUUCAUAUUUUUUCUUCGAACAGGAUGAAAAUGACCAAGGUCUGUCGGACGAGGACCUACAAGCCGAGGUGGACACCUUUAUGUUUGAGGGACAUGAUACAACAGCCAGUGGGAUCUCCUGGAUUUUGUACUGUAUGGCCAAGUACCCUGAACAUCAGCAGAAGUGUCGCGAGGAGAUCAGGGAGAUAUUGGGGGAGCGGAACACAGUGGAAUGGUGAGAACCUGCAACCUUCUCUCUUGUUUCUGCAGAAAAUAAUAAUGCAUAAAUUAGCUGGAAAGUAAAGCAGGAGUUCAUUUUUUCUAAUAUAAAUAGUUUUCAAGAACUUAACUCAUAUAAAACUGUCACGGCCCCCGGCUCGCGGCUGCACACGGUCACAUCUGAUCGGUGCGACCGAGCUGACAGGCUGAGCUUACCUGCUCGACGACGAGCCAGGAGCCAUUCCGCUGGGGUAUCUGUCCCCUCUGCUAGUAAACAAGAUGGCGCCGACCACGCGGCUGUAGCCAUUUAUAGCCCCGUCCCCCAGGGUCACGCGAACUUGUCAACGCACACGCACGUUCUGGGGUCAGAGAGGUCACGCUAUAACCAAUCACAGCACAAGGAGGGGUGCUUAAACCCCUGAAGUUCCCUAGCUCAUUGCCCUGUCGUGGUUUCAGUUCCUGGUUCCCGAGAGUGUGUUUUCUUGUCUUGUAUUUGAUCUUCCCAGUAUUUUGACCUUGGCUAUCCCUGACUACUCUGAUUUCUGGUUCCCUUGACUUGGCUUUACAUAUCGUUCUCGUGUAUUUCUGGCUUCCUUGACUUCGGCUUUCCCGUGACCAUUCUCUGUCUUUCUACGUAUUAAUUCAACCAGUUAUGUUCAGUAGAUGUUACAUAGUUCUGCGUGCUGGACCACAAACUCAGUCGUGACCUCUUAAAAAUCAUUAUUCCAUUAAAUUAUCAUUGCAAAAUUUACACAUACAUAAUAGAUAAGAAUAUCAGUUGUGACACUAGUUUCCUCCCCAUUAUGUUAAAAUGUUGUGUAAAAUAUAAUGGGGAGGAAACUAGUGUCACAACUGGAAUUUAUAUUUUGUUUUGAAGUUAGUGUAGAUGAUGGCUCCUACUUCAUAUCCAGGAAUGGUUUGCUCCAGUAGACCUCAGAUUGCCCUGCUUACCCAGAAUUUGAUGUGGACCUUGUGAAUUCAGGCGACAUCCGAGCUGGCAUAACUCUUUUGGUUCAUAUUAUUGAGGUAAACAGAUAUUUAUCAUUAGGUGUCUUGUCAAGGGAGACAUAUAGGAGAGAUAUUUUGGCAGGAUUUCAACCUGGUUUUCUUAGUUCUAAAUCAGUGAACUUACAUAAAGGACCCUCACAAGGGAACAGCACCAUAUAACUACUGACAGUCGCCUGCAUCCCCACAACAUGGAAGGUCAUGUCAGAUAUCAUAGCCUCCAAGAUCUAUGGGAAAAUGAGUCAAUCCAUGAGCAGUACUCAGAAGGAGAUUGGAAAUCACACCAGAAGCUCAAAACCCCAGCUAUUGGUAGACCAAGCAGGCAGAUGGGUUUCUAAUACCAGGCAGACCAAUCUGUGCGCAGCCUGGAUUGACGUCAAGAAAGCCUAUGAAACAAUGUCACACACAUGGAUACUAGAAUGCUUUGCUCUAUACUAGUUCAACAGGAUGCUAAGAGCAUUGAUCAAGAACUCAAUGGGCAUGUGGAGAAUAACUCUAGAAGCCAAUUCCAGAACAAUUAUACAAGUGGAUAUCAAAUGUGGCAUAUACCAAGCUGAUGCACUAUCCCCAAUGUUGUUCUGCAUUAGCCUUAACUCUAUCAGACAGAUCAUCAUUAAGAGUUGAUACAGAUAUAGGUUUGAGAAAGAAACUACCAUCAGAGACCUCCUCUACAUGGAUAACAUCAAACUAUAUGCCAAGAGUGAUCAGGACAUCAACUCACUGAUAUACUGCAAGAACAUCAGAAAGUCAUUCAGAUUAGAAAAAAGUAGGGUCAUAUGAAUAUCAAAAAGAGGAAAGAUGAUUAGAACUGAAGAAGUUGAAGUGCCAGAAGGCCAAUUAGGAGAUGUAGAGAACUGAUACCAAUACCUGUGGAUACCACAAACACAUGAGUACCAUGAGGAAGAGGCAAGGACAACAGCAACAUCCAAGUACCUCCAGAAAGUUAGACAGGUCCUGAAGUCCCAGUUCAAUGACAAGAAAAAGAGCCACAUCAUCAACAUAUAUGUCCUACCAGCCAUUACCUAGCUAAGAGAAUAGCUGGACACCAUGAAUAUCAAGACCAGGAAACAAAUCACUAUGAAUAUAGGAUUCUACCCAAAAUCCAGCCCCAGAGGCAGUUGGGGACUAAUGAUUGUCACAACCACAGUCCUGGAUGCACCCACAAGUGCAUCACAAAGAUGCCUCCCAAAGAUAAACUUCUAAAGGAAUUCCUGAGACAACAGACAGGCAGAGUAUGCAGAAAACGAGGAGGUUCAAUGGCAAGACAAAUGUCUCCAUGGAAUGUACACCAGCAGAUAGUGGAUGUGGCUCGGAUAACAAAAAUUCAACCAGUGGUUGGAGAAAGCAGGACUGAAAGACACAACUGAACCACUAACCCUAGCAUCACCAGAACAGACACUCACCACCAGACCAACAGAAGCAGACCAGAGAAGACCCAAGUUACUCACUAUGCAAAAAAGUCUCAGAGACCAUCCAUGUUUUAAUUACAAUUUUUAUAUUGUUAUUUUUACAUCCUUUGUGCCACUUUACCUAUUGAUGAUUUUUUUUUUUUUUUAUGUGACAAGGGAUGAUCUGGGUAAAAUGAUCUACACCACUUUAUGUAUUAAGGAGAGCAUGAGGCUUUACCCACCCGUCCCAGGUGUUGCCCGGGAGCUCAGUCAACCAAUUACGUUCUGCGAUGGUCGGAGUCUUCCAAAAGGUAAGCUAUAAUUUCUCCUUACUAUUGAUGCCUAUUACCUGCUGUAUAAAACACUGGUAAAGCAGUAUUUAGAUUUGCAACGAUAAUAAUAAACAUGCAUGUGAUUUACUAACAAAAUCUGGUCUCCUUCACAUGCAAUCCUGAUGUUGUAACCAUGGGCAAAGUAUAGGUAAACUAGCAUUUAAAGGGAUUUUAUAAGGCACCAAAACAACUUCAGCUUAACAAAGCAGUUUGCUGUAUUGAAUAUGUCCCUGCAAUCUCACUGCUUAGUUUUUUGCUAUUUAGGUGUUAUCACUUCAUUAAUUCAGCCUUAGCCACAAGUCCCUGCAUGUGACUUAAACACCUUUCCUAAACACUUCCUGUAAAGAGAGGUAUAAUGUUUAAACUUCCUUUAUUGCACAGUGUUUCAUUUAGACUUGUUUUAUCUACUGCUUUGUUAAUAUCCUGCUAGAGCCUGCAGGCACUUCAGAUGUGUGUGUGAUUAAAGUUCAAUUUACAGAGCAGGAGAAAAUAACUUCUAAAGUAAGUUAAGAUCUGAUUGAAAAUGAAACCAUUUUUUUCAUGCAAACUUUUGUGGCGUGGCCUGCAUAAACAAAAACAAAAGUAAUUUAACUCCUAAAUGGCAGAUAAUUCAGCAAAGAGACUGCAGGGGCAUGUUCUAUACACCAACACUGCUUAAUUUUGCUAAAGUUAUUUUGAUGCAUAUAGUGUGUCUUUAAGUAUUCUUGUUUAACAAUUAUUUCAGGAAGUAUUACUUUACUGAGAGGGUAUUGGACGCAUGGAAUUGCCUUCCAGCUUAAGUGGUAGAAGUUAACACAGUGAGGGAGUUUAAGCAUGCGUGGGAUAGGCAUAAGGCUAUCCUAACUAUAAGAUAAGGUCAGGGACUAAUGAAAGUAUUUAGAAAAUUGGGCAGACUAGAUGGGCCGAAUGGUUCUUAUCUGCCGUCACAUUCUAUGUUUCUAUUUUUAAGAUUUAAGAGUAUGUGUGUGGGUAUUUGAGUGUGUGUAUGUCUUUGUGUGUGUAUAUGUUUGUAUAUAUGUGUGCAUGUAUUUGUGUAUAGUUACAUGUGUAUGAGUUUAAUAGUGCAUAUAAUUGGCACUAUACUUUAAUACAGGGGUCCUCAAACUCCGGCCCAGCAGAUGUUGCUGAACUACAACUCCCAUGAUUCUCUGGCUAUCUAUGCAAUUCAAAGAAUCAUGGGAGUUGUAGUUCAGCAACAUCUGCAGGGCCACAGUUUGAGGACCCCUGCUUUAAAACUUUUUGAAUGUUUUUAUUGUCUCCAAACACCCUGAGGAGGGAGAGAAAUCGGUCAAUGUGCAACAAAAAAAACUAUUAUUAUUAUUAUUAUUAUUAUUAUUGGCAUUUACAUAGUGUCAGCUUAUUCCACUGCACUUUAGAAUAUUAGAAAGAGGUAAAUUUAACAAUAAAUGAGACAAUUACAAAUUGUUACACAUUUGUUUGCUUUUGAAGUGGUAAGGCCAAACUAGUUGCCACUGACCUGAAUUUCCAAGCCCUAGUUACAAAGCUUGAAAUAUAAAUUUCAUAUGAGAUUGAGAUCUAUUUUCAUACAAUGUAACCUGCACAUUGUUUCCUUUCUAACAGGUGCUAAUGUCUUUCUGAGUUUAUAUAACAUUAACAGAUGUUCCAGCAUUUGGGAAGAACCAGAGGCAAGUGGAUAGUGGGGUUUUUAUGAAAUGUUAUUUUAUAUUUAAAUUUAAUUAAUUGGCCAAUCACCUAAGAAAAAAAAUAUUUCUGUUUAAGUAGAUCUUUAUUUAAACAAUUCUGCAAAAAAAAAAAAAAUCAAACAAAAAUAAUGUAUGGCAUAGUUUUUUGUUUUUUUAUUUAAUUAUAAAAUUACAGUCGGGGAAAUGGUUGUGCUACGGAUUACCGGAACUGUCUUGCUCUGCACUGUAUGCUUUAGUAUACCUUUUUCUUUGACAAUACUCCGGAACCAAUCAAAUUGCAAAAGUCAUGAAGAUUUUGUUAAUUAAACAAUGCUGUAAUAUUUUGCAUAAAACAUGUAGAAAAAUGUCAUAGAUACUCACUACUACUUGAGUUACACCAUAACAAUGUAUUGUGUGCACAUUUUCAGGUUUUUAAUCCCCAGCGCUUUUCUCCUGAAAAUACAUCCAACAGAAACUCAUAUGCCUUCCUCCCCUUCUCUGCUGGAUCCAGGUAAUAAGACCCAUUUUAUAUUAUAAAAAUAAUUUACAAAAAUUGCUACUCCCAGUGCAAUUAAUGAAAGGCAAAAAGGAAUUGGGGGCCCACCCGGAACAUGCAUUUUGCAGCAAUGGUGCUGCCAUUGUGACCACCAUUCAUACAUAAUACAGAUUAAGAAACAGCACCCACACGUAAAAAUGUUAUAAGGCUAAUUAAAAUCACCUAUCUCAGCAAACACAUGUGCAGAUUCAGUUCCAAAAUAUUGUGUUAAGCCCACCACUACUUCACAGUACCCCAAUAUCGAUGGGUCCUACACUAUUUCCAACGUGGGGGACAUACUAAAUAGAACUAGUGUUAAAUAAGCUGAAGAGUAUUUAAAUAAUAUAUUGUUAGAGCAUUGUGCGUAUAUAUAAUGCAAAAUGAAUGUGAUAAAAGCAAUUCUAAACCGUGUCAAAAUUAAACAAUUAAAGUGAUAAUGUUUGGAUGAAUAUACUAACAAUGCAAACUAUAUAUCUGCUCAAGUUUGAAAAAGACCCAGCUGUGGUCAAAACAUUGCUUUCUUCUGCUCCAAUAAGCUUGCUCACUUUGGUUUCACCUUGAGUGAGUGGACGAUCAUUUAUCUUCUGGCAUAAACCAAUAGUCCAGUCCUGUAAAAUGCAACAUAUAGAAAUGUUGUGUUCUAUCCAGCACUUGUAGUUGCCAAAUUAAACUGUGGAAAGUCCCAAUACAGUUCAAAAAGGGGUACUCUAAGCACCAAAACAACGUUAAGCAGUUUUGGUGUAUAGAUCAUGUAUCAUGCCCUGUAGUUUCACUGCUCAAUUCUCUGCCAUGUAGGAGUCAAAUCACUUUUAUUCCUGUUUAUGCAGUCACUGCCACUCCUCCCCUUGCUCUAACACACACAGUAUCCAUGAAAAAAAAUGUUUAAUGCUCUUACAGAACAGUGUGUUUACUUUAGAAGUUUGUAACUCCUGCUUUGAUAAUUGAACUUUAAUCGCACAAAGGAGGCUUUUGUGGGCUCUAGCAGGCAGUCAGCAGAACAGGAAAUAAGAUAUUCCAAAUUAAACACACUGUGGAAUAAUAGAAGCUAAAAUUAUUAGGCUCUUUUUCAGGAAUCCAUGGGAGGUGUGGCUAGAGCUACAUAAAUAAAGCAAUUUCACUCUGAAAUCACAGAUAAUAAAGCAGUGAGACCGCAGGUGCAUGAUCUAUAAAACACAACCACUUCAUUAAGUUAAAGUUAUUUUGGUGGUUAAAUUGUUCCUUCAAUAGCAUUCUUUUUAAAUAAAACACGUCAACUUUGACUUUAAUCAUAUUUUCAUGCCUCCCACAUCACAUCCUUAUACUUUGUCUUUCUUUUCCUAGUGUGUGUAUCCUUUUAAGAGACUCUGAGGGCCUCACAUAUAUCGUUUUUAAAGCAUUCUGUGGCAGAGCCUGUUUGCGUGCGCAGUGUGUUGGACAAAGCAUUCAAUUCAAUGCUGGAACACUGUGCCUGUGACACCUGUUAGUGAAUGAAUAUGUUCACUAAUGAUUUAACGGAAAUGAGUCAAGUAGGAUUUUUCCCCUUUUGUGGCAUAAUUGGAAAUGUCUACAGUUAGUUAUUUUUCCUUCUUUUGGAUCAGCAGCAUAAAAUAAUGGGAUUCGAGGUUGAACUUGAUGGACUUUUUUUUUCAUCCUAGACAACUAUGUAAACAUCGUUUUAAUGUUUUUAAAGUGACUCUGUAGUCACUAUAACUAUUCCAUCUUAUUGAAUUAGUUUUAGUGCCUCGAGUCCCCUGGCACUGUUCCUCUAUUCAGUGUUAAACCAUUUUCGAGCAGUUUAACACUAACAUUCAUUUAAGGUUUUUGUUUAACUUUUUUUUUUUAAACAGUAGAAUAAAAUAAUGGCUUUCCAGAUUGAACUUAAUGAACCUUCAUUCAACCUAGGCUACAAUGUAACUAUGUAACUGUGUAAACCUCCUGACUGUCAAGCAGACAACUGGUCCUGUUAUUUCCUGGUUUGGUUAACUUGGUUGAGCUAAACUCAAGAGGCUGUAAACCACUUCAUUAACGUAAAGUUGUUUUGGUGCUUACAGUGUCCUUUUCAAUAGAAACCCCUUCUAUGCAUAAAAUACAUUUGUUGUUAGCUUGCACUGCACAUGGGACAUUGACAUAUUGACCUUUUCCCUUGCAGGCAGUGCCUUCCAGGGGAAGCAGUUUUCUCCCCUCCCUCACUGAGUUGAGUCCUCCUGCAUUCUAAUAAAACCAGUAGUGCUCGGUUUUAUUAAACUUCCCACCCCUACUUCCAAUUUCUUUCCCCACUACUUCUGCAAAUUCCAUCAGGGCACAAAUACGCUCUGAGCCAGCAAAACAGCCAAUUACAGGUGUCUCUGACCAGCACUGGAGUCCAGGUAAGUAAAACCUUUAACAGUGUAGGGGAACAUGAUUAAUAGCGCCCAAUGGGACAUUUUACCUAAAAUCCCUUUUAACCUUUGGAAAAAAUUGUGGAGGUAUAAAGUGUUUUCAAGAUUACACUUGUUUCACUUUCUUUCUGAAUGAGCAGAAUAAUUAGAAGGCCAAACAUGCAUUUUAUUUCAUAGUGGCAGUUGUGGAGCUAAAACAAGUAUAAAAAUGAAUUUCUUUCCCUGAGCGUCUGCCCAUAAUGUUUUCUGUCCAUUCCCUUCUCCUCUCCAUCUGCGAGAAUGCUUCACUGUACAUUGUGAUUUACAAAAAUGUAAUGAUGGUCCAGACACUCAAGUUCAAUUCAGUGGGCAGAUUUAUUGGAGCAAAAUUGAAACAACGUUUUGGCCCACAACAGGACCUUUGUCAAGCUUAACAAAGGCCCUGUUGAGGGCCGAAACGUUGUUUUGAUCUUGCUCCAGUAAAUCUGCCCACUGGAUUGUACUUGAGUGCCAGGACCAUCGUUCCUUUUUUGUAAAUCACAUUGUGAGGAUUGGCCAACCUUUAGGUCCGGUUGCACCCUGAGAUCCAGGAGAUUGCGGUAUCCAUAUUGGUAAUUAUAUUGAUUCACUGUACAUUGUGAGCCUAUCUGGCUGCAGGCGGAAGACCUUUUACAGUUUGUCUGUCUGAAGGAGCAGUUUAUUACAAUGUCAAACAAAAUCCUGGUAUGAAGGGGCUGGAAAGGCAGGUGUUAAUUAAAGGAAAGAAUAAUUGAGGAAUAAAAACAUUAAUCUUUUCAUGUCCUCCAGGAACUGUAUUGGACAAAACUUUGCUAUGAACGAGAUGAAAGUGGCCAUAGCACUGACCUUACAGAGAUUUGAACUAAGUCCAGACCCUGAUAACGAGCCAUUAAUGCUGCCACAACUUGUGUUACGCACUGUGAAUGGAAUUUACCUCCAUCUUAAGAAGGUGGAGAAGGAAGGGAUAAAGGAGCGAAUCUGA